AUUUGUUUCCACAUUUUGUGCGGGUUGACGGUGUUUCGAGUCUAGCUCCUACCCUCUCUUUGGCUCUUAUUAUGUUUCUUGUCGUAUCGGCAUCGCGGCUCCAUUCUGCCUAUCCCGCCGAGCCGGUCUGAGCACAACAGGCCACCUAGAUAUCCUUUACAUUGUCCACACUGCGAUCGAUUUGCGCCUGAUUCAAGAUGGCUACCCCGUUAGAUGUCUCAAUGCAGGAUCUUACGGGCUCUUGGACACUGAGUAAAACUCUUUCCGACCCGUUUGACCGAGUCUUCGCCAUCCAGGGCAUUCCAUGGAUACUUCGAAAGGUUGUCAGCAUCGCCACGUUGUCAUUGAAGGCGACCCAGCAGGUUGACGAAUCCGGAACAAAGACACUGGUCUUCACCCAGGCCGCGUCCAUCGCCAUCGCUGGGCUCAGCGAGGAGAAUGAAGUGCGCGUGCUGGAUUGGCGAGAGGAAUUCCAUUCGUCGGCUCUGUUCGGCACCAGCUCUCACCGGUCCCGCCUGGUAAAUCUAUCGGCUGCUACCGGCCACGACGGGAAGCCCUUGCACUCGUUCCUGAGCCAAGGCUUUCUAGACGAAGGGGAACCCGGAGGUGACAACAACUUGUAUGAUCUUGUCGUCCAUCAGACCAACGGCUGGGUCAUGGAACAGAUAUGGGGAUUUGGUAUGUUGAACGAUGAGAGAUGGCUUAUGAGAACCAUGGUCGUCAGGAAAGGCAACGAGGUGGCCACUGCCAGAGCCAUUUAUGACUGGAAGGGAAAAGAGGAUGGCCAAUAACGAG